AUGACCUCACCUAGCUCUCGAAAGACUGUGCCGGUAACUACAGUGUAUUUGCACGGUGGCAAGCCUUCAGGAGGCGGGAGAGGUGGUGGAAAAUCUGUCAUCGUCGAAGUCGAAGUCUCAUUACAACACCAGAAACCCCAGGAAGAAGAAGAACUUCGAAAGUACACCAUCACUCUUGUCUCUUUCUACCUCAGACUUCAUCGGAGGGAGGACCUCCACAGGCCCCAAUCCGCAUUCGCAUCUAUUUACCAUAGGCUGAAGUCUCAGGGCCAUCGCCAAUUCGCGGCUUCGAUUCGAGAUGAAAUCUUCCGCGAACUGGAAGGCCGUUCCACAUUUCGAGAAAGCUCUAAUAUUCAGCUCUCGGAUGAUAUAUCGGAGCUUCUGCAAGAAGCUGAGAAUGAUGAAGGCUUUCUCUUCUCUGUCAUAUCCUUCGGACACGAAUCAGUGGAGCCCAAGGAAGAUGACCGUCUUCGUUCCCUCGGCCAGUUGGAAAAGAUUGAGAUUCACGACUACUCGAUCGACCUGGAUCUGAAACUUACGGCUGCUUCUGGCAUCGCUUGUGCACAACGCAGUCGAGCACUGGACCCUAGAGAAGGCCGUUCGUUCCUCGAAGUGUGCUAUUUGAUUUGUGAUCGCUUUGGCAGGCUCUCUUCUCGAGUUCGAUGGCCAGCCGCUUCCCCUGCCCCUCUCCUCACAAAUCUCAACAAUCAGCUCUACCAGCUCUACCAGCUCGACCAGUUCACCAAGCGGCUUUUCGUAGCAGGCCAAACAAUCAACAACCAGCAAAUGAUGAACCAACAGGACUCGUUCCAACUCUACCAGGUCACGGAUCUGCUUAGCCAGCAGAUGGACCAGAUAACACGCUUUCUGCCAGCAGCGGUCGGCCAAGUUGCCCCGCCUUCCACUCCAGAAGGACCUCCAUGA